AUGUUCAUCAACAAACUUCUACCAAGAGACUUGGCCAACGACGUCACCACCACCGCAGGCUCGUUCAAGUCCUGGGACACCUGUAUGGAUAACACCACCUGCAAGAUCGUGGCCAUCGUGGGAAUCGUGUUGGCAGUCUUGGUGUGCUUAUGGCUCAUCAGCACCGUGAUCAGAUGCUGCUGUAUGGGCGUCAGCUGCUUGGAGGCCCUCUGCUGCUGCUGCUGCCGUUCUGCCAACACCAGGUACGUCGAGAAACAGACCCCUAUGCAUAACCCCAACAUGUACGCGCCCGUGCCUCCUCCCAUGUACCAGCACAGAGGCGUUCCUCCAGCUACCAGCCAGCCGCAACAGGCGUACUUCACCUCCAACCAGGGCUACGAGCCUGUGCGGACCAACGAGUACCAUACGGACGAGAAUCCGUUCAGCGACUCCAAAAACACAUACAACGGGCAUCACAUGUAA